UAGGGCGCAUUCCUCUGUGUGUGAUUUGGGACACAGCCUCCUCAGUGUCGCUGUUGUUGAAUCUCGGUUUCAGCUUUUAUUAUUUUGCUAGUCGUCCAAAAUUCAGCAGAGAGAGAAAUCCAGAGUUUGAGCGCCAACACGGAUUUUCUUUGGGAUAAACGCACAGGCCUCGCUGCUAAAACGAUGCCCCAUUCUAGGCGGUAUGCAUCGUCGGAGCGGGCCAGCCGCAGCAGCUAUCAGGACCGCUAUCGUGAGCGAGAGCGAGGGAGAAAGCCAAGACACCGGCGCUCACGAUCCUUCUCCUUAAGCAGCGAACGAGACAGGAGAGGACGAGGACACAGGCAGGAGGUUAUGUACGGACGCUCCAGGAGCUACGACAACCGUUCAGUAGACAGGAGACCUUACGACAGGCGCUAUGGUGAACCCUACCGGCGACAGGAGCACGAACGGGAGCGAGAACGCGAGCGAGAGCGACUGUCUCCAGACGGCUACCACUCACGCGACCCUUCCACCACUUAUGACUAUCGCCGCACGCACCAACGCCACAAAGGCAGCAGGCGUAAGCACAAACGAAGGCGGCGUAGAACCAGGUCCUAUAGCCCAUCUUCCUCGCAGCGGAGUGCCAGCGGGACGCGGCCGUUAUGUGUGAGGGACGACGAGGAGGGUCACCUGAUCUGUCGGAGUGGCGACGUCCUGCAAGAGAGAUAUGAAAUUGUUGGCACUUUGGGCGAAGGCACAUUUGGAAGGGUGAUGGAGUGCAUCGACCAUCGAAGAGGUGGAGCUCAUGUGGCUCUGAAAAUCAUUAAAAACGUUGAGAAGUACAAGGAGGCUGCGCGACUGGAGAUCAACGUGUUGGAGAGGAUCAACGAACGAGACCCUGAUAAUAAAAAUCUGUGUGUACAGAUGUUUGACUGGUUCGACUAUCACGGUCACAUGUGUCUCAGCUUUGAGCUGCUAGCACUCAGUACCUUUGACUUCCUGAAGGAGAACAAUUACCUGCCUUAUUCCAUCACCCAUGUGCGACACAUGGCCUACCAGCUCUGCCUAGCCGUCAAGUUUCUGCAUGAUAACAAGCUGACCCACACAGAUCUGAAACCAGAGAACAUUCUCUUCGUGAACUCGGACUUCUCCCUGAACUACAACGUAGAGAAGAAGAGAGAAGAGCGUACGGUGAAGAGCGCCGCAGUGAGGGUUGUAGAUUUCGGCAGUGCUACGUUCGACCACGAACACCACAGCACGAUCGUCUCCACCAGGCAUUACCGCGCACCUGAGGUUAUUCUUGAACUGGGUUGGAGCCAGCCUUGUGACGUGUGGAGUAUAGGCUGCAUCCUCUUCGAGUAUUACCUUGGCUUCACACUUUUUCAGACUCAUGAUAACAGAGAGCACUUAGCCAUGAUGGAGAGAAUAUUGGGUCCUGUCCCUUCCAGGAUGAUCAGAAAAACUAGAAAGCAGAAGUACUUUUACCGGGGGCGUCUCGACUGGGACGAAAACUCCUCAGCAGGAAGAUAUGUUCGAGAGAACUGCAAGCCCUUGCGACGCUACAUCUUGUCUGAGGCUGAGGAGCAUCACCAGCUGUUCGACCUGAUCGAGGCCAUGCUGGAGUAUGAGCCACCAAAGCGCAUUACUCUGGCUGCAGCGCUCAGGCAUCAGUUCUUCCAGAGUCCCAUCACUGCUAGCGACCAGACAUCAGGAAAGCACUGGGAGGUCAAUCGUGACAUUAGCCGGCAACCUCUUUGACCAAGUAGUUUUAAGGUGGACUGAGUUGUCGGGUUACACUGCCGUGUCAGCUUUAAAGGAUUUAAAGGUGACGCAGGACUUUGUCUUAAGAUGCAGCUGGUUACAAUAGUUGGGUAUUUCCAGAGCCUGUGGGUAGAGCGUGUAUCAUAGGAUGCCAUGUCACAGAUACACAGACACGAAGUCUUCCACACAUCAUGGACAUGAUGGAAUGAGCGUGAUCCAGUACUGCAGACACACAGUAGAUGGAAGAGGUUUUAAAAAACCAUCUCGAACAGAGAGAACGCCUUUGAGUCAUAUCUGUUGUAGCAAAACCCAAACAAGGUGUUUUUUUUUUGUUUGUUUGUUGUUGUUUUUUUUUCUUUCUUUCUUUCUUUCUUUUUUUUCUUUUGGAAGUGUUUGGAAAACAUGAAUGUAAACGUAAUGAAAAGCAACGAACUGUUAUCAAUCGCAUUGGAUUCCAUUGUAAUUGAACCCUGAGCCUGAAUUAAAUCACUUACUUAGUCGUAUUUUUACUGGACAGGCAACAGGUGAAGAGGUGUUUUGGCAGGGACACACUCCUUCUGUCAGACUCAUCUAAUAGAACCUAUACAGAAGCUACUGUUUCAUGUAGAUUGGUAUGUUUUUCUUUCUUCAAUGUGACACACACACAUGUGGAUUUUCAAUGGAAGCCUUUUGUUCAUGUAGUCAAGCACAGAUCCUUUGUGUGCUGUCAUUCUUGCCAGCAAAGGUUUACAGUAUUUAUUUAAAUCAGCAUUAUUUUUGUUUUGUGUUUUUAUAUGAAGCUAAAGGUGUAUAUCUGUAUAUACAAAUCUAUAUGUAUCUAUGACUGUAUAGAAUAAAGGCUCUGUCUGUCUGCCUGGUUUGUGUUGGAGUCUUCACAGCUUCACAGGCAGAAAACAGCAGACAUCUUGUCAGA